AUCAAAGAGAAAAUUAUUCACAGAAAUUAAAACCAAUAAAAAUGGCUUCCUCAGGAUUGAAACCUCAGGAUUCACAAAAACACAAAGGAAUGAAAUGGCAAGUAAUAUUUUCCUUCUUAUUUUCAUGGCUUUGUCAUUCAGUCUCAGGGCAGCUUCAUUAUUCCAUCGAUGAAGAAAUGAGAAAAGACUCUGUUAUAGCUAAUAUUGCUAAAGACCUUGGAUUAGAUAUUAAGCAGCUCUCAUUUAGCAAAUUUCAUAUUGUUUCACGUGUUUCAGAUAAAUAUUUUUCUGUCAAUUUGCAAACUGGAAAUUUACAUGUUAAAGACAGGAUAGAUAGAGAGACACUAUGUGGGGUCAUAGCUCCCUGCAUUCUAACCUUUGAUGCAGUGGUUGAUAAUCCUUUAACUGUUUUUCCUGUCACCAUUGAAAUUCAGGAUAUAAAUGAUAAUUCUCCGGUAUAUUUCCAUGACAUCAUUACCUUAGAAAUUAUUGAAUUUACUUCACCAGGAACACAUUUUAUUUUACAAAAUGCAGAAGAUCCAGAUAUUGGUAUUAAUUCUGUACAAACAUACAAGCUCAGUGAUAAUCAGCAUUUUACACUGAGUGAAAAAUCCAGUACUGAGGACAGUACAUUUCCAGAACUUGUCUUAGAGAAACCUUUAGAUCGAGAGACACAAAGCAUUCAUGAAUUAAUAUUAACAGCACUGGAUGGCGGGAAUCCCAUAAGAUCAGGCACCGUUUCCAUAAAGGUUAUUGUUACUGAUGCAAAUGAUAAUUUUCCAGUAUUUACUGAAAAAAUCUAUAAAGUGAGUGUAAGUGAAAAUGCUCCAAUUAGCUUUAUGCUGCUUCAAGUUACUGCAACUGAUCAAGAUGAAGGUUCCAAUGCACAGGUCACAUAUUCACUUGGAAAAACAUCAGGGAAUGUACUUUCAGCUGGAAUGUUUAAAAUUAAUGCUACAAAUGGAGAAAUAACAACAAAUCAAAAAUUAGAUUUUGAAGUUGCAAGAUAUUAUGAAAUGUCUAUUCAAGCAAAGGAUGGUGGUGGACUUGUGGCCCAUUCAAAGGUUUUAAUAUAUAUCAUAGAUGAAAAUGAUAAUGCUCCAGAGAUAUCCAUUACUUCAUUAACAUCUCCUAUUCCUGAGGAUUCAGCUCCAGGGACACGGAUAGCACUGAUUGAAGUUCAUGAUCAAGAUUCAGAAGAAAAUGGAAAUGUUGACUGUCAAAUCAUUGGGAAUGCAAAUGCACCCUUUCAGUUAAUAUUGUCAUCAAGUAAAUAUUACAAAAUUGUUACAACAAAUACAAUGGAUAGAGAGAAAGUAUCAUGCUAUAACAUUACAAUUUUAGCAACUGAUAGAGGAUCGCCUCCUCUUUCUAUUAGACAAGAAAUCAGUUUGGAUAUAUCGGAUGUUAAUGACAAUCCUCCAUUAUUUACAAAAGCUGCACAUGUUGCAUAUGUCCCAGAAAACAAUUUACCGGGAGCCUCAAUAUACAGCAUACAGGCUUCUGAUUUAGAUUCUGGAGAGAACGCUAAGAUUAUUUAUUCAAUUUUAAGUAUACACACAGAAGAUAUACCAGUAUCAUCUUAUCUGUCCAUUAAUAUAGAGACUGGAGUUAUCUACGCUCAGAGAUCCUUUGAUUAUGAGCAGCACAAAGAGUUUCAACUACAAGUAACUGCGAAAGAUAAUGGAUCGCCAUCUUUGAGUAGCAACACAACUUUACUUAUCCGCAUCAUAGAUCAGAACGAUAAUGCACCUAGAAUUUUGUACCCUUCUCCAGGAAGUAUUGAUUCGGUUUCCUUUGAGAUGGUUCCUUUGGCAUCCAAAGAAGAUACGCUAAUAACUAAGGUUGUUGCGGUGGAUGCUGACUCAGGACAUAAUGCUUGGCUCUCUUAUCAUUUCAUGCAAGUGUCAGAACCAUCUUCCUUCAGCAUUAGUCAGCACACAGGUGAAAUACGGACAGUGCGUGUGUUUGAACAAAAAGAUGUUUUGAAAUAUAAGGUUAUAGUUUUGGUGAAAGACAAUGGAGUCCCCUCGCUAUCAGCAACUGUAACCUUAAGUUUUAUUUUUGCAGAUUCCGUCCAACAAGUGGUUCCCAAACUCACUAAUCAAUUAAGUGACGAGGAUUCCUCAACCAAUUUACAAAUGUAUUUAGUAAUUGCAUUGGCUCUUAUUUCAUUUUUGUUUAUUUUAAGUGUAAUGAUGGUUAUCAUUUCCAAAUGUAAAGAGUCAAAAUCUUCUCCAGCCUUUGGGUCUUUUAGCACUAAUCUGUAUUCUCAAGUGGAUCCCAAAAUUAUGUCCCAAUAUAACAAUGGAACCUUGCCUUUCCCAUACUCAUACAAUGUGUGUGUGGCUUUGGAUUCAAGUGAAAGUGAUUUUACAUUCAUCAAAUCAAAGCAAGAUGUUCCCACAGACAACCUUAUUGAUGCUGAUGACUCUGGACUUGGAAAUGAAGACCUGAAAGAAACAUCUUCAAACAGUUUUGUAAAGUCUGUUAUUGCCAUCCAAAUUUGA